ACCGGAAACUGAGUUUAUUUACAUGGUUUACUUUGUCACUUCCGGUUUGUUAUGUAUUUGCAUCUAGUGCUCCUUAAAGCAAAGUGAAGUUUCCGAUUUGUAUUUUUAAUCCUGUGGUGAAAAUCACAGCCCACAUUACCUCAAAGCUCUUAUAUUAAUUAUUAAACUCUUAUAGUUAAUCUAAACUUCAAAAACAAGUAGCUUGUAAAUAAUAUCUACCUGGAGCUCACGUGCUCUGUUGGUAGAAAGUUCAGAAAGAAUUAUAAUAAAAUAAAAACAAAAAAAUCAAUGGCCAAGAUAUUACUUUACACAUUUAACCAAUGAGCUUAAUAUUUAUAUGUUUAUUUUUACAAAUUACUGAUAGCUUCACUGAGAGCCAGAUCUCCUUUUCAAAAAAGACUUGUUACCAAAAAGAUAUAAAAUUGUUAUUGUAAAAAAUGAUAACAAAAAACAGACACGUCACAAGCACAUGUGCAUUCUGCAAUAAAGAGCAAAAAAAAAAAACAAACGAUCAAAUAAAACAUCUACAAAACAUCACUAAGAAAUAAAAUCUUAGAAGGUAUAGGUUUAGAUGUUCGCGUGAAACUCGUAGUGGCCGGUCGAGGGGUGUUGAACGCCGUCUUCCGUUCAUCCCCUUCGUGGAUGCGGACCAGGUGACAGGCGUUCCUCAGGUCGAGCUUGGUGAAGAUGGUGGCUCCCUGGAGUAGCUCGAAGGCAGAAGACAUUAAAGGCAGUGGGUAGCGGUUCUUGACGGCGAUAGCGUUGAGCCCUUGGUAGUCGAUGCACGGGCGAAGAGACUUGUCCUUGUUCUCUACGAAGAAAAAUCCCGCUCCGGCGGAGGAAGAAGUCGGGCGGAUAAUGUCUGCAGCGAGGGACUCCUGAAUGUAUGUGGGCAUCGCCUCCCUCUCAGGUCCGAUGAGGUGGUAAAGGCAUCCACGUGGGGGCGGCGACGAAGCCUCGGCCUUGCUGAACACUUGUUUGUGGUCGUGGUAAACCAGCAGCACGGAGCUGAGGUCAGGGGAUGGGUCUUUCACUGGGCUCCUGGCAGGGAAGGUUGGGCUGAGACAGCUCGUGUGGCAGGAAGUUCCCCGGUCCAGGAUUCUGCCGCACGUCCAGUCCAUGUGGGGAUUGUUCCUGAUCAACCAUGUGAACGCAAAGAUGAUCGGCGCUUGUGGUGACGAAGAGAAAGGAAGGACAGCCACCCUUGGUGAUGUUCAGCGAUGGUCACCAGCAAGUCCUGCGUUGGGCUCGGUGCAGGAUGUGGCCAUCCAAGGCCCUUACCAGGAGAUCUGAAGGAAGAGACUCAGUCUUGACGCCCAACUGCUCUGCUAGCUCCUCAUCCAUGAGCUCAGAGUCGGCGCCGGAAUCAAUGAACACGGCGAGGUAGUGGUCCUGGCUGCCCACCGUAAUCCGAGCCUUUAACAGAGGUAUCGAAGGGGCCGGAACGGGUCGGAACGGGUCGGCUCGCCACUGACUCCUCCUUCAAUGACGAGCUUUCCCUUUCGAUGGACGGACCUGUCCACUACGUGCUCUGAGCCACUGCAGUAGAGGCACAGGCCGGAUGAGCGACGUCUCUCCCUCUCGGCGACGGAUAGCUUGUGUCCACUGAUCUUCAUGGGUCCCGGUGCGUCCAGUGGGGAUGCGGAGACGGGAGGCGUUUGAGUGGCGCUCCGAGUUCUGGAUCGCCAAGUCGACUUCACCGGUCUGUCAGGACGACGCUCUCUGAGACGGCGAUCGAUACGGGAGGCCAGGUGGAUCAGGCCAUCGAAAAAAAGAUCACAUUUAGACAUUUGCAAUUUAAAAGCAUUAAAUGAGAACAGGAUCCCGUUUCAGGGACUGUUGCGGGACUAACAUGGGCAGGAUUUAAAAAAGUGACGUCAGACUGUUUGACAGACGAAGAAGCAAAGCGUCCAUCAGAAGACGCCACGUGUGAGGUCCUCCUCCAAGACCAAGGGAACAGUCGUCCACGUGUUCAGUUUAAUCCUACAGGAACGAUGCAGCCCAAGUCCGUUAUCUCACAGGACAAGGGUCAAAGAGGUGCGGGCCGAGUCAGGUUUCCGCCUGCAGACGAUGAGCUGGAGACUGUAUCUGAUUCGGAGAGACGACGUGUGCAGCCUUUACUGGGAUAUGACUGGAUAGCUGGCCUGCUUGAUGCUGAGAGCUCUCUGACCGAGCGCUCUGAGCACUUCUUCAGCGAGCUUCGCACAUUUCGCCAAGUCAAUAAGGAGGAGUGUGUCCACAGCGUUUCCUCAGGGCUUCCUGUUGCAGCUGACCUCUGUGCAUCUUCUGAUGAAGACGAUGUGACUAACCACGAGAGUACUCCAGACACUCACCAAUGCACAUUCUGCUACCGAAUCAACAGUCGGCUUUUUGCAACACCUCUGGAUCCUCAAGCUGCGUGUCCCGUUUGCAAGAAGCCCAAAGAGAAACAUCCACAUGCGCAGAACGAGCCUGCGUUUAUUAGGGUCAGCAUUCCUCGCUCGACACUUCUGCCAGCGUAUCGAUACAAAGCGCACCGCCGCGGCAGCUUCGAUCCUUCAGACAGUCUCGGUCUGCCCUCUCACUGUCUGUCCGGAUGGUCAAACAUCUCGAUGGGAGCAGGCUCCGAGAUGAGCAGCCUAGAUCUGAGAAGCUCCAUGGAGAUCCGGCCAAAUACAGGAACAGUGCCUUCAGCCCAGCCUGAGAACCAGCUGAUACCUCCAGCAAAGCCAGGGGCCUGUCCGCAAUGUGAAACUGGCUCUGUCUUGAAAUGUGAAGCCGGAUAUUACAAAUUUCAGAGGAAUGGACAGGCCAGGUGUAACAAGUGCACAACACCUUGCACUGAAAAGAAAAAUCUGAUCCAAGUAACCGCCUGCACGACUACAAGCGACCGCAGCUGCCAGUGCAAACCCGGCUACUACUGUCCAAGUCCAGUGGCCGUGACCUGCAGGAGGGACUGUGAGCCAUGCACCAACGGCUUCACCAGCACAUCUAAUCUAUACGAAGCCUGCAAGACGUACACCGACUGUGCCAGGUUAGGGAUGGUGGUGAUUAAAGAAGGAUCUCGCACUGCGGACCGUGUGUGUGGAAAUCCGACAACCCAUCCUAACCUAAACCCCACGACCACACCGUCCACACCGUCCACCACAACCCAGAGGCUCCCGUCCUCUACCUCCAAGUCCUACAGCAUGCCAUUAGUCAAUAGGUCAGUCCGCACGGCGCCUCUGUUCAGCUCUCAAAACCCAGUCACGUCAUUAUCCUCUGAGACUACAGCUCCUCCAGGCGUGAGUGCAGAAUUCGCACUGACUACAGGAAGAAAAGAGGUCCCUGUUCCGCCGUCUGAGCCCCUUUCAAAGACCACUUGGAUCUUUUUGCUUCUGCUGCUCAUGUCCCUGUGUCUGGUGUCAUGUCUGUCCUUAAAGUGCAAAAGCAGGACCAUCAAGAACAAACUCGAGUGGGCAGGUCUGGCAUUUGGAAGACAUCAGCCCGUGUUACCCACAGCCAGCCCCAACCCGAACAUGGAGACUCUGUUACCUGUGAGCAAGGUCACAGACGCAGUCCAGGGUCAGGGGUCAUUUCCGGGGAAAAACCAGCAGGUCACCAUGGAGCACGUUGGGAAAGCGGACGGCAUCAACAACACUGUCGGGUCUAUAUUCAUCUACUCCCCCGGGAUGGUGAUCCUCGGCUCGAACUCAAAUGAGAAAAAAGAAGAGGCGGAGACGAGCGGGGAAGACGGCGGCGAGGACACCUGUCUCAUGAGUGUGCCUCAGCAGGAAUCCAGCUCCCAGGAAGACUUCAUCAGAUUGGCUACACAGGAAGAACUUGGCAAGGAGCUGAGUAUCCCAGUCCCGGCCACAAGCAAAUGAAAUGUCUGGGCCUGAACACCAACGUCGGCUCAAGCAAAGGACUGUACGCAUCAGGAUGGGCCCCACGUGUCAUAGAGCCUCUUGGCUGGCCCGUGGCGUGUAGAAAACCCAUCCUGUUACAGCAGCGAGACCAACCUCUGGCUGUGAAUAGGGCUGAGUUUGUUUGUAUAGCACUGUGACUUUCAGGGUUUUUUUUUUUUUCUCAAUGUGGGAGGCAGUGUGAAGACAGUGACGGUGUAAGAAAAACUCCCAGGUUGCUAUAGCGAUAAGAUGUACAGUAAAUAUUAAUAUACUAGAAUAUAUUAUAAUAUAAUGAUAUUAGAAAUAUCAGUCUAUUUUUUUAACAGUCAUUAGACACCUUUGUGUUUGGGUACAGCUUCACCUGUGAGUUGGCCAGACAGACAGGCAGACAGACGGGCAGACAGACAGGCAGACAGACAGGCAGGCCAGCAGGCCACGUUUUACUGACGAAGUGUGGGUGCACCAGCACGCAGAGCUAAAAAUACCUCAAUGUGGGAUUAAAAAGACUGCUGAAUGUCAGCGACGUUCACUUUAACCCGCAUGUCUAAGUCACUUAUUACUGUCCAUGUCCUGGCAGAACAGAUUACAGAUUCUGCUUCUGUUCUGUAUUACUGCUGUGCAGUUGUUGUUGUUUUCUUUUCACGCUGUUUGGAUUGACAUUGAUUUGGUAGGGUUUUUUAUUAUCCAAAGCAUCUUAUAUGUUGCACAGCAUCCAGCUGAGCAGUUGAGGCUCAAGAGCCUUGCAUUAGCUUUCUGGCAGGUCUGGAAUUCACAGAAACUUCUCAUCACUGAGACUCAUCACUGAGUCAUCAGCAUCCCAUCACAUGGGCACGGAUGGUAGACAUUUCUUUAGAAGUAAAUAGGAACUCAUUUUCAUUUUAAUUGGAACUCUUUUCCAGGUCUUUCACAUUUGUAGGCUAUUUAUCAUGUUUUAUUCCUAUCUACUAAUUAGGAAAUAAAACAGACCACGUCACGCUGUUGUAGCAAAAUAAUCGACUACGACAGCACGUCCUGAAGUAUUUUAUUCCACGUACACCACAGCAACUUGCCAAACAAUUUUUAUCUAUUGAAGAAUGACACAUUAUACUUUUUAUCCAUUUUUAGUUACAUUUAAUGUUGUGGAACGUCCGUUCCCUCACCAACCAAGAAGCCGCAAAAUGUAGACUCCUCUGUCCUGAAGACUUUCCUGUUACAGCUUUACCUCUGGCUGUUACAAAGUGCUGGCACUGGAGACUCCUUCCAUAAAUGUUAAAUAAGCUCCUCCUUAGAGAAAAGUUCAUCAUAUCAACAACUGUACUGUAAGGACUUUACAAAUUUACAGACUAUACAAAUGCUAUGACUUUGCUUGUUGUUGAACUGAGUGCAAAGGGGAAACAUAUUUCAGUUCGGGAAAGUCUGUAGUUUUCAGACCUAGUCAAAAUUUCACCAUGUGAAGGGUUUUCCCAAGUCACCACACACACAUAUUCUGGUGUUUCAGUGAGUGGUUCAUUUGAAACACACCUUCUCUAUGUGUAAAACUGAGUCGGGGAGCUUUACAUAUCAGCUCACUUUGCUACGUGAGCAAAAAAAAAAAAAGAGCACUUUGCACACAUAAAGCUACAUUAACAUACUCGGAUAUUUAGUGCUGCAGAACCCGUGUGCUAAAGUAGCUAAUUUAUCUAAUGUUCAUGAUGAAUGAAAGUUUGUUUAUUGUAACAUAUUUUCCGAAGCUUAGCUAUUGUUAAAUAAAUCACUGAGAAUAUACUUAUGCCACUUGAGACUGCAAUCCCACUUGUGUUAACCUGUAACAAAUGAGAGCUAGUUUACUAGUAGUUACCUAGCUGGCUAGUGAGACGGGUAGUUGGCUACUGUUCAUGGUAAAUCAGGUCCAUAAAUAUUUGAACAGUGACAUAAUUUCCAUACUUUUGCCUCUGUACACCACCACAAUGGAUUUGAAAUGAAGCAAUCAAGAUGUGACUGAAAAGUGUAGACUUUCAGCUUUAAUUCAAGGGGUUUAACAAAAAUAUUGCAUUAACUUUUUUUUUUUUUUUUUUUUAGAGUCCCUCCAUUUCCACAAGCUCAAAAGUAAUUGGAAAAUUGACUGAUAAGCAGUGUAAUGGCCAGGUGUGGCCUGUUUCCUUGUUAUUUCAUGAAAUAUGGAGAUAAAAGGUCUGGAGUUGAUUCCAAGCGUUGAAUUUUUAUUUGGUAGCUGUUCAUGGGAACUCUGAAUAUGCCGUCCAAAGAGGUGUCGAUGCAAGUGAAGGAGGCCAUCACUAGGCUGAAAAAAUAAAACAGAUCUAUCAGAGAGAUAGCAGAAACUUUAGGAGGGCCAAAUCUCCAUUCUUCUACAUUCUUAAAAAGAAAAACCCCUUCAAACAUCUAGCCAAGUCAAGAACACUCUGGAGGAGGCAGGCGUAUCAUUAUCUAAGUCUACAAUCAGGAGACGCCUUCUUGAAUGUAAAUACAGAGGGUUUACUUCACGAUGCAAACCGCUGGUAACACUCAAGAACAGAAAGAACAGAUUAGAUUUUACUCGGAAACAGUUCUUGAACAAGAUUCUUUGGACAGAUGAAACAAGAUUAACUUGUACCAGAAUGAUGGGAAGAGAAGAAUAUGAAGAAAGACAGGCUCAUGUUUCAAAGCAUACUACAUCAAAACAUGUGGAGGCAGUGUUAUGACAUGGGCCAAUGGAACUGGGUCACUGGUGUAUUUGAUGAUGUGACUGCUGAUAGAAGUAGCAGGAAGAAUUCUGAAGCGUAUAGAGCUGUACUUUCUGCUCAGAUUCAGUCAAGUGCUGCAAAACUGAUAGGACGGCGCUUCACAGGACAGAUAGAUAAUGACACAAAACAUAGCGCGAAAGCAACCCAAGAGCUUUUUAAGGCAAAGAAAUUGAAUGAUCUUAAAUGGCCGAGGCAGUCACCUGACCUCAACCCAGUUGAGCUGCUUUUCUCUUCCUGAUGACAAAACCGAAGGCAGAAAGACCCACAAACAAGCAGCAACUGAAGGUGGCAUCAGUAAAGACCUGGCAAAACAUCUCAAGGGAGAAAACUCAGCAUUUGGUGAUGUCCAUGGGGUCCAGACUUCAGGCAGUCAUUGACUGCAAGUCCAAGUAUUAAAAAUAAUCCUAAUAUUUAUAAUUAUGUUAGUUUGUCCAAUUACUAGAAUACACUUUACCAGACUAUCACAUCUUGACUGCUUCAUUUCAAAUCCAUUGUGGUGCUGUACAGAGGCAGAAGUAUGAAACUUGUGUCACUGUCCAAAUACUUAUGGACCCGACUGUAUAUUUUGAUGUUUUGGUUAUGGAUAAUAAAGUCCAGUUCACACCAAACAUGUUCUUGAUGGGGUUUUUUUUAGUCGUCUUUUGGACAGAACAGAACAUUCUUCAUUUCAGUCAUUGUUGUGAGGUUUGGGACUUAUGUGUGGAGAUAUCUAUCCUGCUGCAUUUUUUUAAUGUGCUGUGUCAUUUCACGUGUGCACAUGAAUAAA